AUGGGCAAAUUCAAUGCGUCUAAGCAUAGUGCUUCCAUCAUAUCUUCGGCGGCCAACCCAAAAUCGACCUCCACAAGCACGGGGACAAAUAGAUCCUCGGUCUUGAAGUCGUCAUUCUGCCCCUCUCUCUUCCAGCUCUCUCUCUUUGCUUCCGUCAUACACGGACUUGGAUCCGAAAUCUUGCGGAUACAUGACACAACCACAGGUCGCCUCCAAUGCGAACACAGUCUUGACCCUGAAGCAUCAAUUACAUGUGUCGAUUGGGGUCGUUAUGGUGGGCCUCGUCAUAGCAAACAGCAUGGAGAGGUGCCGAAGAAGCGGAAACAUACAGAGCUGCAGGAUAGCACAGCGGAAGGCAUUGAGGACGAGAGGAUCGUGGUAGCAUACGGUACAAACAGGUCUCAGAUCAACUUCUAUUCGCCACUCGAGGGGAAGACCGUGGGCACGCUCAAAGGCGGGCAUACUCAAGGUAUCCAGGAUUUCAAGUUCGGUGAUCCACAAAGACCCCAACAAGCGUGGAGUAUUGGGGGCGACUCGAAGAUCGUUCAGUGGGACUUAGCUUCAAGCCGUGCUCUCCGCAUUGUGAGCUUGCCUCAUGGCCCAGCAUCUGCAAUACAACCCACUCCAUCAGGCACUAUAUGCGCUUCUCAUGCAGCCUAUAUUCUGAAGCCGGACUCGAAAGGGAAACCACCAACGUUUAGCGCUUCCACAAAUGCCGUACGUUGGCUCAUCGCACGAACGAAUCGAACAAUUGGCAAGCAGAUGUUCUUGACCGCAGCCGAGAAUGAUCAUUUUAUGAGUGUCUUUGAGGAGACCUCAGCCACCAUAGUUGGCUCUUUGCGCACCCAAGCCGAAGUUUUGCAGGCCGAACUCUUCCAGGCCCCUUCCCCAAAAGAUCUCGCACAACGAAAGUCUAUUGAAGAAUUUUCCAAGCCUAGCGAAGCCGUCGUAAUAGUUAACAAGGACGGGAUUGCCGAGAUAUUUACGAGUGCUUUCGAUUUUGGAAGUCAUGGAUUGCAGAACAAGGCGGAGGGUACGAAAGCCAGGUUCAAGCAGCGUAGUCGAAAAUCAGACACGCAAAUUAGACUAGUGAGACCAGACAAGAAAUCUAGCCAAGUCUUAUUGAUUAAUGCUUCCUUUCGAGAGAAUCAUAUCAUUACAGCUUCUGUCGAGGGUGGCGUCAACGUAACAUUCGAUAUGUUUCAAUGGCGCGACGAAGUGACAGACCGACUGCUAUUGAAAGACAACAUCGAAAUCAGCAAGAAAGGCAGCGGUUCUGAGACGCAUGGCCUAGAAAUGAAUGGCAUGAAAGACAUGGGCAAGACUCACCUUGACGAAUCACGUGCAAUUGUAGUGAAUGGCUCGAGCAAAGAUGCGGUGCUGUCAGACGAAGAGGGACUAGAGGUUAUCGACAUUUCUAGUGCUGAGGAGGAAAGUGACUCCUCAACGAACGAGGCGACCGCUGCGCCACAAGAAGAUGCCACUACAGCGUCUACGCUAGCUCACAAAGACAUUGAUAUGAAGGAUGCUUCUGAUGACGACAAGGGCGAAGAUGAAAAUGUACCUUCAGGUGCAGAUGAGCCGUCAUUCGGCGAAUUGCUUCGGGCGAACGCCCCUGACGCCGUCGAUGUUCAAGCGUCAUUCCCAGACCCUAAUGCUCAGAGUCUGGUGCCAGUAGCGGAAAGAGGGCUUCAGAAUCUUCCACAUGGCAUGUCUCUUGGAACAGUGCUUACACAAUCGCUCCGGACGAACGACAGAGAUCUGUUGGAGACGUGCUUCCUCAAUAAAGAUCUUAGCAUCGUUCGAGCUACGAUCGAGCGGCUUGAUUCCUCCUUCGCUCCCGCCUUGUUACAAAGGCUAGCAGAGCGGUUGCACAGUCGCCCCGGACGCGCAGGAAGCCUUAUGGUGUGGAUUCAAUGGACAUUAGUUGCUCAUGGUGGGUAUCUCGCUAGCCAACCUGAAGUCAUGAAGAACUUAGCGUCACUCCACCGAGUGGUCAAGCAGCGAGCCAGCAGUCUUCAAUCCUUACUCUCACUGAAGGGCAAGUUAGAUAUGUUGGAAGCCCAGAUGAAUCUACGAAAGCGCAUGCACGCAAGACAUCAAUUCAACGAUGAGGAUAAUGAAGAGGCAGUUGUCUAUGUUGAGGGCCAAGAUGAAUCCGACUCAGAUGAAAACAGUGAAGGCGAAGACGCGAGUGACGAUGAAGUUGAGACACAGCGACGAGCUGCGAGAGCGAAACAAAGAAAUCUGCCGGCAGCAGACUUGGGGGGAGAUGAUUCUGGUCAAGAAAUGCCCAUGAUCAAUGGCAAUCCUGAGGACUCUGAUGAUGAAGCAAGUAAUGACGAAGAUGAGAACAUGUUUGAUGAAGAAGCCUCUUCGACAGACCAAGACUCAGGUGAUGAGCUGCAGGAUGGUAUAGAUCAUGACGACAUAGACACGGACUCUAGUGAUGGCGAAGCAUCGCCUCAGCCCAAGAAGCUCUCAACAUCAUCAAAGCGGAGUCAAUUACGGUAA